AUGCGUGCAACCCUCCCGCUUCAUUCUCUCCUAACGAAUUGGUUCCGGAUAUUCUACAUCUUGGACGCCAUCAAGGGGAUCGCAUUGCAGAUCGACAGCAUUUUCGUGCCAGCCCUCAAACUGCUCCCAGGGGUGGUCGUGAUCGAAGACAAACUUUACCAGGUUCAAACGACGCACUCAUGGGGUUUCCUCGGCCUCGAGGGGUUAGACGGUGAGCCGAUCAACGUCUGGAAGAACAUUGCCAACUUCGGCCAAGGAGUCAUCAUCGCCAACGUGGACACGGGUGUAUCUCCAAUAUCUGCAAGUUUCAGGGACGACGGCACCUUGCCCAAACCGGAUCGCUGGAGCGGUGGAUGCCAACAAGGCUACUCCGGCUGCAACAACAAGUUGAUCGGCGCCAGGGUUUUCAACGAGGGCAUCAAGUUGCUGAGCAAGCAGAGCGGCAAGCAGCUGAACGAGACUGAGGUGAACUCGUCAUCGGACUAUGAGGGGCAUGGCACGCACACACUGUCCACGGCUGGCGGCGGCUUGGUGCCUAAUGUCGGCGCCUUGGGCCACGGGACGGGCACGGCCAAGGGUGGCUCGCCGCGGGCGCAUGUGGCCUCGUACAAGGCGUGCUUCAGGGAAGGGUGCUCCGGCGUCGACAUCCUCAAGGCCAUACUUACGGCGGUGGACGACGGCGUGCAUGUGCUCUCGCUCUCCGUCGGCUCCCCCGCCUCCGACUAUGUCACCGACACCAUUGCGAUAGGAACGGCCUAUGCUGUCACCCAGAGGGUCGUCGUCGUCGCGGCAGGUGGAAACGAUGGCCCCACGGCAGGCUCGAUCAGCAAUGUGGCUCCAUGGAUGCUCACCGUGGGCGCGAGCACCAUGGACAGAAUCUUCCCCGCCGAUGUCGUCAUCGGUACCAAGACUAUCACGGGACAAAGUCUAUCAAGCAGCACCGACCAGCCAUGUGCGAUGAUCAGCGGGGAGAAGGCCAAUGCUGCAGGCCAGUCUCCCGCCAACUCGUCGUUGUGCUUGCCUGGCUCCCUGGACCCUGCAAAGGUGAGCGGAAAGAUAGUCGUGUGCACGAGAGGAGGAGCAAACGGCCGAGUCGCCAAGGGGCAGGUGGUGAAGGACGCCGGCGGCGCGGGGAUGGUCCUCUGCAACGCCGCCGUCAGCGGGGACAACGUCAUUGCCGACCCGCAUAUCAUCCCGGCAGCCCACUGCUCCUACUCCAAGUGCCAGGAGAUCUUGAGCUACAUCCAGUCUACAGGAUCACCAAUGGGUGAGAUCCGAGCGAGGGACGCGGAGCUGGGUGUGAAGCCGUCGCCGGUGAUGGCAGCCUUCUCAUCCCGUGGGCCAAACACCAUCACUCCUCAGAUCCUCAAGCCCGACAUCAUCGCGCCAGGCGUGAGCGUGAUCGCCGCAUACAGCCAGGAGGUCUCGCCGUCGGGCCUGGCCUCAGACGGCCGCCGCGUCGCCUACAUGGUAGAGUCCGGCACCUCCAUGUCGUGUCCGCAUGUGGCCGGCAUCGCCGGCCUGCUCAGGGCGAAGUACCCGAAAUGGAACCCAAACAUGAUCUACUCCGCCAUCAUGACCACCGCCACCAGGGUAGCUAACGACGACACCGGGAUCCGGGACGAGACGGGCGGUGCCGCCACGCCGUUCAGCUACGGCUCGGGCCACGUGAACCCAGUGAGGGCCCUGGACCCGGGCCUUGUGUACGACACCACGACGCACGACUACCUCAACUUCAUCUGCUCCAUGAGGCCCACCGACACCGAGGGCCUCCUCCCUGUCUCCCUCCCGCUCCCGCUAGAGGAACUCUGGACCGUGCUCAACUGCGUGUUCCGCGGCACCGACUCCAACCCGUUUGAGUGCAGCAAGGGUGCCAACCGCCCCGAGGACCUCAACUACCCGUCCAUCUCCGCGCCCUGCCUGCCCUCCUCCGGCAGCUUCACCGUGAAGCGUAGGGUGAGGAACGUCGGCGGCGGGGCGGCGUCGUACACGGUCCGCAUCACGCAGCCGGCCGGGGUGACGGUCACAGUGAACCCCAGCACGCUGAGCUUUGACGGUGAGAAUCCAGAGGAGGAGAAGCAUUUCAAGGACCCGGAGGGCAUCCUGGCGCCGCCGCAGCCGGGCCACAUCGCGCGCCUCGAGUUCCGGCGCCGCCUCGACAGCGACGCCGACGCGCGCGCCGCCUUCGACCUCCAGGUCAAGGAGGAGCAGGAGCGCCGCCGCAAGGAGCGCGAGGCGCGGGUGAUACCUGAGACGGACGCCGGGCUGGUGGAGUUCUUCCUGGACACGGACGCGCGGGAGAUCGAGAUCGAGAUCGGCAGGCUCCGGCCCAGGCUCAACAAGGGCUUCUUCGACCACAUCCAGCGCGAGAUCGCGCAGAUCAAGUUCGCAGUCACCAGAACAGCGGCAAAUGAAGACAGACUGAUCGAGCUGGAGGCGAUGCAGAAGGUCAUCGGGGAGGGAGUCGAGGCCUACGACAAGCUGCAAAACGACCUGGUCACGGCCAAGGAGCGGCUCACCAACAUCCUGCAAUCCAAAGAUAGGAAGAAAACUCUGCUCGACAUGGUUGAACGGAACGAGCUCAACAUGUCCAUAUUAACGCUUCUCGACGAGAACAUAGCGAGCGCCAAGACCAGUAACCAGGAGGAGGCCGUGGCUUUCAUGGAGGAUGUGCGCUCAUCUAUGCUGAAAUACAUAACAGUAUAA